UCAGAAUAUCUAAAGCCAUAGGGAAAAAGACUCGCAAGUCCAUCAGGUGCCUCUAUCAGAGGGCAUAAAUCACAGCUAGGAGCCCGUUCUCCACAAUGACGACCGAAAUUACUAACAAGCUUGCCGCCACAACAUUGGGUGAGUCCUCGACAGAUACUAGUGCAUCAUGGAAGCAGGGUCUUAACAAACCUGCGAAGGAUACACGCGUACAAACCGAGGAUGUUACAGCCACCAAAGGCCUCGAAUUCGAGGACUUUUAUAUCAAGAGAGAGCUUAUGAUGGGCAUAUUCGAAGCCGGGUUUGAGAAACCAUCACCCAUUCAAGAAGAGACGAUCCCGGUCGCACUGACCGGCCGUGAUAUCCUUGCGCGCGCAAAGAACGGCACUGGCAAGACCGCUGCUUUCGUUAUUCCAACUCUAGAGAAGAUUAACCCCAAAAGUACGAAGACACAAGCUCUGAUACUUGUCCCGACUCGAGAGUUGGCACUACAGACAGCUCAAGUCUGUAAGAUGCUUGGUAAACAUCUUGGAAUUAAUGUCAUGGUAACAACUGGUGGCACGGGUUUGCGAGAUGAUAUCGUACGACUUAAUGAAGCCGUCCACGUUAUCAUUGCGACUCCAGGAAGAAUAUUGGAUCUGGCCAGUAAGGGUGUGGCGGAUCUAUCAUCGUGCCCCACAUUUGUUAUGGACGAGGCUGAUAAACUCUUGUCUCCCGAAUUCACCCCUGUCAUUGAGCAAUUACUCGGAUUUCAUCCAAAGGAUCGCCAAGUCAUGCUGUUCAGCGCUACCUUCCCAAUCGUUGUCAAGAGCUUCAAGGAUAAACACAUGAAUUCGCCAUAUGAAAUCAAUCUGAUGGAGGAGCUGACUCUUCGAGGUAUUACCCAAUACUAUGCUUUCGUGGAAGAAAAACAAAAGGUACACUGUCUCAACACCCUAUUCAACAAGCUCCAGAUCAACCAGUCCAUCAUCUUCUGCAACUCCACGAACCGCGUUGAACUUCUUGCCAAGAAAAUCACUGAGCUUGGCUACUCAUGUUUCUACUCGCAUGCCCGCAUGGCUCAGCCUGCACGUAACCGCGUAUUCCACGACUUCCGCAACGGUGUCUCGCGAAACCUGGUAUGCUCCGAUCUGUUAACUCGUGGUAUUGACAUUCAAGCUGUGAAUGUCGUCAUCAACUUUGAUUUCCCCAAAAACGCCGAAACCUAUCUUCAUCGCAUUGGUCGAUCAGGUCGUUUUGGACAUCUAGGUUUGGCCAUUAAUCUCAUCAACUGGGAUGACAGGUUCAACUUAUACAAGAUUGAACAAGAGCUUGGUACUGAGAUUCAGCCCAUCCCACAGGUGAUCGAACGAUCACUUUACGUUUACGAUACCCCCCAAAAUAUCCCUCGGCCAAUUUCUGAUCAGCCAGUGCAGGCGGUGCAGGAUCCAAAUUCGAACCAAAACGCUAGAUCCGGAGAUCCAGGUGCACGAGGAAACCCGGGACAGUCCAACAGCCGGGGCAACUUCCAACAACGAGGUCGAGGAGGCGGCGGGUAUCAAGGAAGACGCAACCCGAAUCCGCAGCAGAAUCGACCACAGAAUGGUUACAACGGACCUCGGAACAACAGGCCUCCUCCUGCUCAAUCGUAGGUUGAACUGCGAGACGGAAUGGUGCGGUUUGUUUCCUCGUUUCUGUUUAUUCUGUUCUGGAUUUCACGCGGUACUUGUCAACUCUCUCUGUUGACAUCUUGCAUUCUGAUACCCGCAAUAUCAGGGUGCGUUGUGGACCCACAUUUUGUGUUUUUUCUCAUAUGGUGACGAUUAUGAGAACAGACAUGACCCCGACUAGUUUCUUUUUUCUUUGACUCG